CUGGCUCGAGCACAUCGAAUUCUUUCACCAACUUUAAUAAUUCACGGCAUUCAGGAUGACGUGAUCAGCCACUUGCACGCCCGCGAACUCUACUUAGCUAUUCCUAAUAAACUACAACCACUGUUUCUGCCGGAGGCCGGGCACAACGACUGCGAAAUCUUCGAGGAGUAUCUCAUUCGCUUGGAGUAUUUUGUUGCUAUUGAGCUCUAUCCUGCACACCUUGGAACAGCAGGGUUUAACAGUGAUUAUGGUGGACACCAAUUACUGUAUAACGAGGGGGUCUGGAACCGUGCUGUCACUACCAGUCAGCCUACAAUGUCGACCAGUGUAGUACACUCCCCUAAUGUAUUUGACACUGAGCCCCACUGCAUUUCAACGCCGCCGGCUCUUUUUACUGGCAGUGGAAUUCACUCUAUGUCGCCACCAGCUCUAACUCGUUUCCCAAAGCUUGCCAAGAGCCCAUUCAACUCUAAACCAUCAAUUCCGAAACUCGCGUCUAAUUGUCAAUGGUCACAUUCAAAUAUUUAUAAACAAAGCCAAUCUCCUGCUAGUCUCCAGGAUUUUGACGUAGACGAUCAAGGCUUGGACAGUGAUUGCCUAUCAGUCUGUUGGAACACAGUUGCCACCACUUCUACAAGUGUGACGUUGUCAUUCUCUACUCAUGAAAAGGAUACUUCUGAGAAGGUACCUCCUUUGAAUCCUCUUUCAAAUCUGAAUUACCUUAUGUUACCUUUAGUUCUAUCCUUUAUUACAUGCCUUUAUAAAUCGAGACCAUUUUAA